AUGGUUUUAUUAUCGAACGACGAGUUUCUCGUAGAGCUUACAAAGUUGUUUCAAAAAGCUCGUUCAUCGGGAUCGGUUACAAUGACCAUGAAAAGAUAUGAUGGUCGUACAAAGCCGCAUCCUAGGGAUGGUACUCCAGCUGUUCCAAAUCCACAUUAUAAAUGCUUAAUAAGGGCACAAUCAAGAACCACAAAAAUAUCAACAGUUAUAGAGCAGAAUGAUGUAGAAAAAUUUAGCACAGCUUAUUCAAAUCUUUUGAAGACAAGUGUAAAUGGUCUUAAACGGUUAAAGAAACCUAAAAAGAAAGCAAUGGCAACUCAGUAA